UAUCAUUGAGCAGUAUUUUGAACAAAACUGUCAUCAUUGUUAUUGUAGAAAUUAUUUGGCAAAAUGAUUGGAAAAUUUAAAAUUCUGCUAAUUUAUUGUUUAUCAAUCAUUUCAGCUGCUCAUUAUGUAGCUGAUUGGAAAUCAAUCGACAAACGUCCGUUACCAGAAUGGUACGAUAAUGCUAAAGUUGGUAUCUUUAUUCAUUGGGGAGUAUUUUCUGUACCUUCAUUUGGUAGUGAAUGGUUUUGGCAUUCAUGGGCAUCACAUGGUAAAUCGUAUGAUGAAUUUAUGAAUAAAAAUUAUCGACCAGAUUUUACCUAUGCUGAUUUUGCCAAAGAUUUUACAACCGAAUUCUUUGAUCCAAUAGAAUGGGCAAGUAUAUUCAAUAAAUCCGGUGCACGUUAUGUUGUAUUGACCAGUAAACAUCAUGAAGGAUAUACACUUUGGCCAUCAAACUAUUCGUUUAAUUGGAAUGCUAAAGAUGUUGGUCCAAAUAAAGAUUUGGUUGGUGAAUUGGCUGAAGCCGUGAGAAAAGUUGGAAUACGUUUUGGUCUUUAUCAUUCACUUUACGAAUGGUAUAAUCCUUUGUAUUUACGUGAUAAAAAGAAUAAUUUUCGUACAGACGAUUUUGUAAAAUCAAAAAUUAGACCUGAAAUGGAAGAAUUAGUGAAUGCUUAUCGUCCAGAUGUAUUAUGGUCCGAUGGUGAUUGGGAAGCACCGGAUACAUAUUGGAACAGUACAGAUUUUCUUGCUUGGCUUUACAAUGACAGUCCUGUCAAAGAUCGAGUUGUGGUCAAUGAUCGUUGGGGAAAGGAUACCACAUGUAAACAUGGUGGUUAUUUCACAUGCCAGGAUCGAUAUAAUCCUGGAGUGUUGCAAACCAGAAAAUGGGAAAAUGCAAUGACUUUGGACAAAGAAUCAUGGGGAUUUAGACGGGAAGCAAAAUUAGAAGAUUAUCUAACAAUCGAAGAGUUAAUUUUUACAUUGGUCAAAACUGUAAGUUGUGGUGGAAAUAUUCUCAUCAAUGUUGGACCGACUAAAUAUGGGAAAUUGGUGCCAAUUUUCGAAGAACGACUUGAACAACUGGGAUCGUGGCUUCAUAUAAAUGGUGAGGCAAUCUAUGAAACAAAGCCAUGGAUUAGACAAAAUGAUAGCAUAUCAUCGAAUGUUUGGUAUACACAACGCGAUUAUCAUACUAUUUAUGCUAUUACACUUGGGUAUCCAACAAACGACACCAUCGUUCUUGGCGAUGUAUAUUAUAAUAACAUCAAGUCGAUUCAAUUAUUGGGUGCUAAUAAACUGGUACAAAUAUUGCCAGCUAUUCAAGAUGGAACAAUGAUUAAAUUUCCUGAUCUGAAUCCUAAUGAUAAAGCUCGUUACGCAUUUACAUUUAAAAUUCAUUAUAAACAAUAAUAACAAUGAUGUUUAAGUUCCAAAAACA